CAUAUUGCAAUCGUGCGCGUACACACAAAGAAAACGAACAAGAGGAGAGAAGAAAAAAAACAAUAAUAUUUAUGAACAAAGUAAAAGUGACAAAGGCAGAGAACACUUCGAUCAAGUGAACAUAUUCAAAAUAAACUCGGAAACUGUUUCGAUUGUUGUUUGCUUUUUGUUGCGAAAAUAAUAGAAAAGUAUUAUACUCGUGAAAAGCCACUUCAAUUCGCCAAAAUUCACAAAAGAACGCACUGAAUUUGAAGAACGCAGCCAGCAAAAAAAGGCAGAUAAAGAUGGGACGCGUAUUUUUGGAUCAUAUAAAUGGCACAAAAUUGUAUUCGUGUGCUUCUUGCGAUACAAAUUUGACCAACAAGAGCGAGCUAAUUAGCACUCGGUUCACGGGUGCCACGGGUCGUGCAUUGCUUUUCAAGCGUGUUGUCAACUUGACAUACACAACCAUUCAAGAUCGUGUCAUGUUAACUGGUCGUCACAUGGUCCGUGAUGUCAUGUGCAAGAAUUGCAAAACAAAACUGGGUUGGAUGUAUGAAUAUGCGACAGAAGACAGCCAAAAGUACAAAGAAGGUCGCGUGAUUUUGGAGCAAGCUCUAAUCGCUGAAUCAGAAGGUUUCCCCGAUCCAUAUGCCUCACAGCAGCCGACGGUGAAUCAUCGGUACAAUAAUCAGAAUCACUUUCAAGAAUAAAAUGCUUCUCUUUCAUUACAUAUAAGGAUUUUCUUGAAUCGAAAAGUUUAAAUAUUUUAGACUUUUCGUUUUGCAUUAUUUUCACUAAAAAUUAUUAAAACCCAAUAAAUGCGUUAAUCUCAAAUCAAAGCCUGGUUUCAUCCCUUCAAUAACAUCAUUGCCAUUUGUUUGUUUAUGUUCAAUUGUUUACCAGUUCGUUAUUGGCAAUAGAAAUGUUAUUGCUUGUUAGUGUUUAUCUACUGGGUUAGUGUUUAGCGCCAUCUCUCGGUCAACCAUCCAAAAUUUACGAAAACCCAAAAUUAUUACGAAUCUGCGCUGCUAUCAGUGCUCACAAAUAUAUGGGAGAAAAGACGUCAAAACUUCUUCGUUCGUAUUUUCAGUGAAUUUUUUUAGUCAUAUGACACUUUGCUUUCCACUGUUCAAUAAGGCGAUUAUACCGUCAGUGUUGGAAAAAAACUAAUCAUAUCAAUAGUGUUUCGGUUUUUGUGAUUAAAUUUGCUCCUUUUUUUCGCAAACAAAAUGACGGGAUCAGCGUUUAACAUUGACGGUGGCUAUUUAGAAGGAUUGUGUCGUGGUUUUAAAUGUGGAAUUUUAAAACAAUCGGAUUACCUGAACUUGGUUCAGUGUGAAACUCUUGAAGGUCUGUAUGAAAACAUUUUUUUUUAUCAUCAAUAUGAAUUCUUUAUCUCUGUGUUUCCGCUUUAUUAUAAACAUAUUUAACAUAAAAAGAUAUGCUUUAUUCGGAGAAGCUUUAUGAAUUUCCCGUAUUUAAUCGCUUCCAAAGUGAAUCACUGAAAAAACCAUUUAUCUGUAUGUUUUAUCAUCGAUUUUGCGUUAGCCUUAGUAAUCACAGUAUGAAUAGACAAAGUGUCAUGUCAGUCAUAUGAUCAAUUUACACUGAAUCACAAUUUGUUUUUCUAACUGUAAAAAAUGAGUUGAAAAUAGCAUAUUAAGUAAGAAAAAUUGUUUUUUUUUCAAAUUUCAGAUUUAAAACUUCAUUUGCAAGGAACUGAUUAUGGGCAAUUUUUGGCCAAUGAGCCAUCACCAUUGUCUGUAUCGGUUAUAGAUGAUAAGCUUCGUGAAAAAUUGGUGAUUGAAUUCCAACAUUUGAGAAACCAUGCCGUCGAACCGUUGUCCACAUUUUUGGAUUUCAUCACGUACAGUUACAUGAUCGAUAACAUCAUUUUAUUGAUCACUGGUACGUUGCAUCAACGUCCAAUUUCUGAAUUGAUUCCAAAAUGUCAUCCGUUGGGCAGUUUCGAGCAGAUGGAAGCCAUUCAUGUGGCUGCCAAUCCAGCUGAGCUGUACAAUGCCGUGUUGGUCGAUACACCAUUGGCCCCAUUCUUUGUUGAUUGCAUUUCCGAACAGGAUUUGGAUGAAAUGAACAUCGAAAUUAUCCGGAACACAUUGUACAAGGCUUAUUUGGAAGCUUUCUACGACUUCUGUAAAGGCAUUGGCGGCACCACGGCCGAUGUGAUGUGCGAAAUUUUGGCUGUGAGUUUAAUUUUAUACCAAUUUUCUGUUUCUUUGACAAUGAUUUUCCAUUUUUUUUUUCGGAAUAUUUUCGAUAAUUUAUACCAAAAUUACGGUGAUAAAGACGAUUUUUGAUAAACAACUAGCGAUAAGACCAUUUUAAUUUCCUUCCAAGUAACGAUGACCUUCUUAAUUUCCGCAUAGUUUGAAGCCGAUCGUCGUGCCAUCAUCAUUACCAUCAAUUCAUUUGGAACGGAAUUGUCAAAAGAUGACCGUUCGAAAUUGUAUCCACGCUGUGGUAAAAUGAAUCCAGAUGGUUUGGCCGCAUUGGCUCGUGCCGAUGAUUACGAACAGGUGAAGGCCGUCGCUGAAUACUAUGCCGAAUAUGCUGCCCUAUUCGAUGGCUCGGGUAACAAUCCGGGUGACAAAACUUUGGAAGACAAAUUCUUCGAACAUGAGGUACGUCUUUCGAAUAUUUGGCCUUACCAAUUACUUGGUUAGAAAAUUCGAAAUUUUUGGCCUGUUGUCAAAUAUUUGGAAUAAACUGACCUUCCUUUUCUCUCUUUCUCUAUUCAUAAUUGAUCGAUAUUUUUCUUCAUUCAUCAGGUCAAAUUGAAUGUGUAUGCAUUCAUUCAACAAUUCCACUUUGGAGUGUUCUAUGCAUACUUGAAGCUAAAGGAACAAGAAUGCCGUAACAUUGUUUGGAUAUCGGAAUGUGUUGCACAGAAACAUCGCGCCAAAAUCGACAAUUAUAUUCCAAUUUUCUAAUCAAAGUAAACGCUUGAUGACGAUAUGCAUGAGAUAAACCAUCAUCAGUUCUACGGCAAAAAUAACAACAACAACAACCACAACAGCAACAAAAUAUCUCACCGAUAGAACAAAAUGCAUGUUCGAUUCAUCGAAAUUGGAGUAAAUUUUUAUUUUUUAGCUUAAAAUCUUUGUGAAUUCGGCUUUAAACAACAAAAAAAUGUGCGCAAACGACAUUCCUCAUUCAUGAAGUUUUAAAAACCAAAACUUAUCACCAGUUCUUGGCAAAAAGUAUUAUUUUAGUCGCAGCUCGCCAGAACUUAUCUAUAUAUAUUGUAUAUUGGAAUCACUGAUCAACUUUUAUUUGUUUUUCCUUCAGUGUAAUUUUUAUUCGCGCCCCCUUUCAAGUGUUAAACAGCACAAAUAGCUCUGUAUAUUGUUUUUUUUCUCUUCUUCAUGUAAAUUAACCUGUUUCAAACAUCAACAACAACAACAACAAAAUACAAAAUCUUAAAAUUAUUACUUCUACAUUGAACUGCUCAUCAGAUUUGCAUUUCGAGAAUUAGAAAACGAAUUGCAUUGAAAAUUGUAAUACCCUCUCUGGUUCAGUUCUAUAUUCAAAGUGUAAAAACAAACAACCAAUUGUAAUUCAUUGUAGAUGUUAAACAAAUAAAGUUUAUUGUGGGAGUUUUAGUUGAA